CUGGCGCUAAACUUCAGCAAAGUAGGCUAAUUGACAUUUCACUCGACCUUUUUACUUUAUCUCUAAAUGUUGCACUCUCAACAUUUGCCUGAAGCACACACACCUUAUAUUCCCCAUUGCCUUUAAGUUUGUUUUUGGUGUGGUUCCGUUUAAAAUAGUUUGGAAGUUAUGCUCAUCCAAUCACCUGCUUCCAGGGAGGGUGGGAGUGUGGUCACAGAAAGAGCAGGAGAUAAGGAGAUACCAUACCAGUGUCACUAGCAUCGAACGUAAAGAUGAGCGAACAUCAGCGGUCACCCCCCGAGCGAUUGAAGGCCUUGGAAGACUGGCUUCAAAAGACCAAAACAACAUUAACUCAAGUGAAUGGUCAGAGGAAAUAUGGCGGGCCACCACCGGACUGGACCGGUCCUGCUCCUGGUGCCGGGUGUGAGAUCUUUCUGUGCCAGCUCCCGCGCGAGGUCUAUGAGGACACCCUGAUCCCGCUGUGCCAGUCGGCCGGCCCCCUCUAUGAGUUUCGCCUCAUGAUGAACUUCAGCGGCCAGAACCGCGGCUUCGCCUACGCCAAGUACGGCACGCCGGGUGCGGCGCGCUCCGCCAUCCGCAUCCUGCACCGCUGCACCCUGCCCUGCGGCACCUCGCUGGUGGUCCGCCUCAGCACGGAGAAGCACCAGCUGGUUCUGGAGGGCCUCCCGGGGGGCCUGGAGCGGCCGGCACUGAUGAAGGUGCUGGAGGAGUUGGGUGAGGGCCUGGUGGGGCUCAAGCUGAAGACCGCCCUGGUCGGGCCCCAGAGGGACAGACAGACCACGGCACUGGCCACCUACUCCAGCCACCACGCCGCCUCGAUGGUCAAGAAGGUGGUGGUGCAAGCCUUCAAGAAGCAGUUUGGCGUUACCUUGGCAGUGAGCUGGACGUCCUCCACCGCUCUGCCGACCAGUCCUGACCGGUAUGACAAGCGAGGCACAUCGCCACUGCGGCGGGGUGGCAAAUCUCCCCCUAAACCACCGCGCAUGUCACCCCCCAGCCUGUCCAUGCCACCUUCCCAGAUGACCCUCCCCAACAGCCCCCCCGGCCUGCCCCCCUCGCCCCAAAGCUUCCUCCCACCGCCCGUCCCCCUCCUCCAGGGCUUUUCCCCAACGGUGGGCGUCAGGCCCGAUUUGGGGGGUCCCAUGGGGGUCUUGCAGGAGCACAGCCCUGUGGAGGCGCAGGGGGGAGGCAACCCCGUCUUCUUCCUGCGCUGGCUGUGUGAGUCCAUGGGUCUCGGGGCGCCCCACUACGAGCUGCUGCAGCAGUACACUUGUGCCGAGGGCUACCAGCACUUCCUGUGGAAAGUGGCCAUCCCAGGGCUGGCCGUGCCGGCCUUCCCCGUGGUGGCCCACGUCCAGCCGGACCCCGAGGCGGGGGUCGGUGGCCUGAUGAGGCAGGCCCAGUGUGUCGCCGCCAUGGAGCUCCUGCAGAACCUCCUUAACCCUCCCCAGGUCUGACCGCCCGGGGAGGGGUUCUAGUCUCGCUCACACACACAAUCACGCAUGGUUGUUCAUCAAGUUCGUUAAUAUUUUAUUAUUUUUAAUGGUGUUUUUACUCUUGUUUAUUUUU